GAGAUUUUUUCAUCAGCAAUUUAAUUCUCUGUGAAGGAGGACGAAAAUAAUUUUCACAAGGGAAUUAAGGUGUAUUUUAAGUAUUUUUUUUGCUGAUAUUAACAUCAAAACUUAGGGAAAAUGUUCGAUAGACGUAACGGAGCUCCAGCUGGUGGAAUGGGCGGUAUGGGUGGCAAUGCUGGUGGCGGCGGCUAUCGUGAUCAGCAACGCGGAGGUCCAAUGCGUGGCAAUGGUAUUGCACGUCCUCGUCCUGCACCUUAUGCUCGCGGUGGCAUCGGUGGCAAUGGUGCUCCGUUUAGAGGUGGGCCGCCACGUGGCGGCAACAAUGAUCGUGGAAUGAAUGGCGGACCCAUCAACAAUGGCUCACCCGGGGAUCGUUUGCCUAAUAUAAUCUGGUCUGAAUUAAAAUUGUCGCCGUUCCAAAAGAACUUCUAUCAACCUAGUACGACCGUUGCCGAACGCUCAAAAACAGAUGUGGACGGUUAUCUCACAACCAAUGAGGUUACUUUGAAAGGUGAUAGCAUUCCAUCGCCCAGCAUUGAAUUUAGCGAGCCUGGUUUUCCGGACCAUGUUUUAGCUGGAAUAAAGAAGAUGGGAUUUGCCAAGCCAACUGCUAUACAAGCUCAGGGUUGGCCGAUCGCUCUUAGUGGACGGGACAUGGUCGGUGUAGCACAGACUGGCUCGGGUAAGACCCUCGCUUAUGUGUUGCCCGCUGUGGUACACAUCAGUCAUCAGGCUCGUUUGGAGCGCGGUGAUGGGCCAAUCGCUCUCAUUUUGGCGCCUACGCGUGAACUAGCUCAACAGAUACAACAAGUUGCAAACGAUUUCGGUUCCCAGACUCAUGUACGCAAUACAUGCAUUUUCGGCGGAGCACCGAAACAACCACAAGCGCGUGACUUGGAACGCGGUGUUGAAAUUGUGAUUGCUACACCUGGCCGCCUACUCGAUUUCCUAGAGCGGGGCGUAACCAACUUGCGCCGUUGUACUUAUCUAGUAUUGGAUGAGGCUGAUCGCAUGCUAGAUAUGGGAUUUGAACCACAAAUUCGGCGUAUAAUAAAGCAGAUUCGCCCAGAUCGUCAAGUGUUAAUGUGGUCGGCGACAUGGCCAAAAGAAGUGCGCAAUCUUGCUGAAGAAUUCCUUGAUAACUAUAUACAGAUUAACAUUGGCUCACUAACACUUUCAGCCAAUCACAAUAUACUCCAAAUAGUAGAUGUGUGCGAAGAGAAUGAGAAAGAUAAUAAGCUCAUAAAGCUUUUGUCGGAAAUUUCUGCCGAAUCCGAAACGAAGACAAUUAUCUUCGUGGAGACAAAGAAACGUGUCGAUGAAAUAACCCGUACUAUUGGGCGUAGUGGAUGGCGCGUGUGUGCUAUUCACGGCGACAAGUCGCAACAAGAGCGUGAUUUUGUUUUGUCGUCAUUUCGUAAUGGACGGCACUCAAUUUUGGUAGCAACCGAUGUGGCUGCACGCGGCCUAGAUGUUGACGAUGUUAAAUUCGUAAUUAAUUACGAUUAUCCUUCGAAUUCGGAGGACUACGUGCAUCGCAUCGGGCGUACAGGGCGCUCGAACAAUACGGGAACGGCAUACACCUUGUUUACCACUUCAAACGCUAACAAAGCUAAUGACUUGAUACAAGUGCUGCGCGAAGCUAAUCAGGUCAUCAAUCCACGACUUGUUGAGAUGGCAUCAUCUUCGGGCUAUAAUAAUAAACGCAACUCGCGUGGUGGCUAUCAGAAUCGUGGUGGUAUGGGUGGUGGUGGUGGCUACGGCAAUCGCGGUAAUCGCUCUUAUGGUAACAAUGCUGGCGGCAUGGGUGGUGCUCAAUCAUAUCAGCAGCGUCCACCACAAAUAGCUAAUGGUGGCCAAAUGUAUCAACGUCCAAGUGGACCACCUUCUCGAUUCUCAGCCGCUCCUCAAGCUGGCUACGAACGCAACCAGCACACCGGUGGCAAUAAGCCUUAUGGUGCCGGUGCUGGAGCCGAAGGUGGUGAUAAGCGACGUUUCAAUCCCCAGCAACAACCGCCACAGCAGUCUUUAGGUUAUCAGCAGCAACCCCCGCGCAUGUCAUAUGGUGGCAAUAAUGCACACCAUCAACCGCCGCCAAAUCACCGGGCGGCAGGCAGUGCUGCUGGUGCAUCCGGAAUGUACGCACAUGCACCUCCUUCUCAUCAUUCAGGAGGCAGUAACUAUGCCGUUCCCUCUGGAUUUGGAGCGGCGUCCGGCAGUAAUAUGUUUGCUUAUCCUCCGCCCCCAUUGCCCGCGCAAAACUAAAAACCCAUAAUAUAGAAGUAAUUUUAACAUCAUCAGUAAUUUAAAACGUAAUGAAUUAACUUCUGCACUUGGCAUUUGAUUAGAUUAAAUUAUGUUAUUCUUGUGUGUGUGUUGUACUAAUGUACGCCAAGUCAUAGUACGCAAGUGUUUUGUAGCAUGACGCGAUAUUUGAAGGAGAUCCGCACUGCAAUGCUUCAGUUCAAUUUAAACGUACCGGAAAUACUACUUGUUUGGGUGGUUGUUUUGGUUCAACAUUUAUUUCUAAGCUGUGCACAUGACGGAAUUAUACCAGGUGAAGUAAUUAGAGCGAGAAGAAAGAUUUUGACACUGCCUUAUUUGAAAAAUUGCCUUUAAAAUUGAACUAUAAGGCAGCCGAAUGACAGAAAAUAAAGCGAGACAGCUGUUUUAUUACUUCACCUGUUUAUUGCGCUAUGAGCUGUGCAUUUCUUUUACUUUACUUCUUAUUUGAUUGUAUUGUUGCUGUCUCUGUUUCCCUUUUUUUUGGAUAAUUUACACAUCUUUACACCGCAACUUCGUGACAAAGGGCUUUUCCAAAGUUCUUGCGCAAGCCUGCACUAAUUUUUAUUUAAUUUUGGAAACUUUUGCAAGAAAUGUUUUUUUUUUUAACCGAAGAGCUAUGAUUUUUUCCAAUGCAGAGUUUUUAUCUCCAGUAUAGAUCCCGGUUAUGACAUCGAGCAUACAGCUAUAUUCAUUACAUCAACAUAAAUGAUCACGUUCAUCAAACUUUAAAAAUACAUGCUAGUUAUUACAAUAUAUUAACAUAGUUGAAGUGAAUUGUAUUCCUUGGAUUUUAAUGGACAUAUUAAUGUUUACGUACCAUAAAAUUUAAACAAAUAUACUUCAAUAAAAGUAUACACAUAAAUAUGCCUAACACAUGGUAUAUUUAAAACCCCUA